GUGUGGUGUGACGCAGUGCUGUGGUGACGUAUUAGUUAUGUGAUCGUGUCAGCCGUGACUCCAUGGUGGACCCGCUCAAGGUCUUAUGGGUGUUGACCAACAGCACGUAUCUAGUCAGCAAGUUCAUACGUUUGGGGGCCACCGACAAGAAUGAAUAUGCACCCUAUUUCGAAAAAGGAGUCUUUGAGCUCUACAUUGAGGAAAAUGAGGAAAUCAACCACCCCCUGCUUAGUGUCGCCUCCAAAGAUCGUAAAGAAGCUACACGUGUUCGAUACGAGAUCACUGGAGGUAACAUAGGGGGAGUGUUCGCUCUCGGUUCCAAAACAGGAGUUCUCCACCUCAUUCGACCUCUCGACUAUGAGGCCGUCCAAAGGUACGAGCUCCGACUCGCGGCGUCUGACAAGAACACUGCCAGUUUCGCCACGGUCAUAGUCCAUGUUAAGGACGUGAACGACAAUCCACCACUCUUUGAAAGACCAACUUACAGGACCCAGAUAACCGAGGAGGACGACAGAAACCUACCUAAGAAAGUCCUGCAGGUGAUAGCUUUAGAUGCGGACAAAGCCAGACCUGGUGAUGUGGUAUAUUCUUUGACCGGGCAAGGAGUGGACCCAGACAAUCCAAUCAACAACAAAUUCGACAUCGGCAAGACCUCUGGGGAGAUCUUUGUCCUUAAGCCGUUAGACCGAGACGAGCCCCAGGGUAAGCCUCAGUGGAGGUUUACAGUGUUCGCCCAAGAUGAAGGAGGUGAAGGAUUAGUGGGGUACGCUGAUGUCCAAAUAAACCUGAAGGAUAUAAAUGACAACGCUCCAACAUUCCUUCAGGGAUUAUACCAUGCGAACGUGACAGAAAACUCCACUGCAGGUGAGUUAGUAAUGACAAUGAAAGCAGUGGAUUACGAUGACCCUGAAGAAGGAGGCAACGCCGACAUAUUGUACUCAAUCGAGAAGAACGUUGUCGAAGAGGGAACUGGUUUGCCAAUAUUCGAGAUCGACCCUCUAAGUGGAGAAGUACGCACUGCCGUGUGUUGUCUGGAUCGAGAGAAGACUCCAGACUAUGUAAUACAGGUCGUAGCUGUAGACGGAGGUGGGCUUAAAGGCACUGGGACAGCUUCCAUUAGAGUGGCUGAUGUAAACGACAUGCCGCCAAGGUUUGUGAAGGACGAGUGGACCACGGAAGUGGACGAGAGCGAUGGUGAACAUCUACCUGACCAUCCUGUCCUGACCGUCACUGUACAUGACGACGACGAGAACAACGACUUUUACUACAGGGUAGUAGACGGCAGUGGCCCUGGAGCAGAUAAGUUUAAUAUGAGUCGCAACCCAGACGGCACGGGAGCCCUAAGGGUGGUGCGACCUCUGGACUACGAGGAUCAAGGGAGACACGCUCCCCUCAGGUUCCGGAUACAGGUCAAAGAUACGGGCCAAGAUUCUCCGGAUGACCCAUAUCACUCGGCGUUUGCGUGGAUAAACGUUAAACUGCGAGAUAUCAACGACAACGCCCCUGUGAUUGACCGGCUCAACGAAAAAGUGCAGGUGGAGGAGGAUGCGAGGGUAAGCACGAUUCUAGAGACGUUUAGAGCACGUGAUCUCGAUCAGCGAGGAAAGAGCAAAGUUGUGUUCACUGUGGAUCGAUCCUCGGACCCCAGAAGACUGUUUGCUGUGUCUCAUGAUGGUGUUGUUACCAUACAACGACCCCUAGACAGAGAAACCUCCUCCAAACAUGUGAUAAGAUUGAUAGCAGUAGACGACGGCGUUCCACCCCUAACAUCAACAGCUACCCUAACAGUGAUAGUCGUGGAUGUCAAUGAUAACGCUCCUACCCUGGACCUCGACCCGGACUACGCCCCAGUGGUAAUGGAGGGCGAAGCUCCAAGGGCUGUGGCUGUGGUUACUGCCGUAGACCGCGACAACUACACGGCAGGGCAUGGACCACCCUUCUCCUUCCUGCUGGACCCAGCUGCUCCUGAAAUUGUCAAGGCGUCCUUCAAAGUGGAUCAGCAGCUUAGUGGCGUAAACUCAUCUGCAAUAAUAACUUCUCUCCGCACUUUCGAUCGUGAGGAGCAGAAGCAGUAUCUAGUGCCUAUACUUAUACAAGACAGCGGUAGUCCACGCCAGACGGGGACAUCUACCUUGACGGUCGUCAUAGGAGAUAUCAACGACAACUUUAUGUCACCUGGGGAAAAAGAUAUUCUAGUGUACAACUACAUGGGACAGAUGCCUGACGCUGAAAUCGGAACUGUGUGGGUCAGGGAUCAGGACGAUUGGGACGCAGCCGAUAAGACCGUCUCUUGGGAUGGUCCCGAGCACAGAAACUUUCGAUUGAAGGAGGAAACAGGCAUGCUAACUUUACGCCAAGGUACACCACCUGGGACCUACCUUCUCAAGUUCAAGGUUUUUGACCGUAGACACGUACAACGAGACGUGUCCGCCAAUGUUACAGUGGAAGUCAGAGAAAUCCCACAUCAAGCAGUUUCUCAGGCUUCUUCCUUUAGAUUAUCAGGCAUCACGGACCAAGAUUUUAUCAGAGUUUUCGAUCACAAUACUGAGACUAGAAUACGCAGCAAGGCAGAUCUUCUUCGUGAGAAACUUGCGGGACUGUUGGGCGUGUCGUCAUCAGAUGUGUACAUCGUGAACGUUCGGCAACGCUCGUCAAGUCCACCAAUCACAGACGUCUGGUACUCGGGGCACAACGGUCGCCAACACUACUUUACAGCCAUCAGGUUACAAGCGACCGCAUUGCUUCAUUGGGCUGAGAUAGAAUCGUACGUUGGUGUAAACAUCAGUAUGGUUGGAGUAAACGAGUGCAUGGACGAAGAUAGAUGUGAUGGUAGUUGUACAACAACGAUAAAAUACGGACCAGGAACCCACUUAGUGAAUGCCAACUGUACUGCACUCUCCGGCGUUCAGGUGGAAGUGAAGGCAGAAUGUUCAUGUGGCGCUAGAAACUUUUCCGUCCCAGUCACAUGUGCAGAUCGACCUUGCUUCAAUGGAGGACACUGUCGUCAAAACAAGUAUGGAUAUAGGUGCAGCUGCAGUAGAGGCUACACAGGUGCCAGGUGUCAGCAGGUGGCUCGUAGCUUCAGGGGUGGAGGCUACGCAUGGUUCCCUCCCCUACAAACAUGUGAUAGCUCCCACCUGAGCCUAGAGUUUGUCACUUUCAACACUGAUGGUCAACUGUUGUACAACGGUCCUGUUGUGCCAACAAAACCCGGGGAGCAGCGAGUAUCAGACUACAUAUCGCUAGAGCUUACCAAAGGAAAUCCUCGUCUCCUUAUCGACUUGGGUUCAGGGACCUUGGAGUUAAAAAUAAAGACUAAAAAAGGGCUCAACGAUGGUGACUGGCAUAGACUGGACGUUUUAUGGCAUAAGCAGGAUGUGACCUUGAUGGUAGACUUCUGUCGGUCAGCUGAUGUGAACGAGACAGACGACGGAGUAUCUUCGUCCUACGAUGACUCAAGCUGCAGAGUCAGCGGAGUCACCCCUAACUUCAACGAGCGAUUGAAUCUCGCAACUCCCCUACAACUUGGGGGCCGACUGGUCAGGGAGCUUGACCCCACUCUCUUCCAGUGGAAAGCAGUGCCUUAUGGGGUCGGCUUUGACGGCUGCAUUAGAAAUGUCUUCCAUAAUAGCAUUCUGUACGACCUGGGCAGUCCCGGCCUCUCCCGCGGUUCAGUGGCUGGUUGUCCCCAAGCAGAAGUGCGAUGUGAACCAGUCUCCUGCGCCUACCAGGGACGCUGUGAGGCGAGUCUGCGCGAGGCGAGGUGCGUCUGCCGCCCUGGCUACACAGGCCCUGCCUGCGCUACGCCCACCAUACCUGCGGCCUUCAAACCACACAGCUACGUCAAGUACGCACUCUCCUUCGAGCCUGACCGCUACUCAUCACAGAUGCAGUUACGGUUUCGAACUAGGGAGCCUUCAGGCGAGUUAUUUCGUACAACUGACCAGCACAACAAGGAAUAUGCCGUCCUUGAGAUAGUAGAUGGCAGGCUGCAGUUCAAAUUCAAUCUGCAUGGUGGUACAACGUCAGAGACCAUUGUCAGCUUAGCCAACCUGACAGUGAAUGAUGGGCAGUGGCACGAAGUCAAUGCGUGGAGGCAUGGCUGUUCAGCGUCUCUAGCCAUUGACGGAGAAGAAGGUCCUCAGUACAACGAGACCCUCCCCACAUCCUGUAGUCAUCACUGGCUGGUGGUAGACAAGCAGGAGGGAGUGUAUGCUGGUGGCAAGGCGGAGUAUACAGGGGUGAGAACGUUUGAGGUCCAACACGACUUUCACGAUGGCUGUCUGGACGAUGUGAGACUGGACGGCAGGUUCUUGCCUCUCCCGCCAGCCAUGAACGGCACACAAUGGGGACAGGCUACGAUGGCGCGGAACCUAGACAAGUUUUGUCCAUCGAGCAACUCCUGCCACACAGCAGUCUGUCCUGACCCAUUCAUCUGUGUGGACUUGUGGCAUGAGUUUGAAUGCUCGUGUGGAGAGGGGCGAGUGCCUACCUCAGACGGCAGAGACUGUGUGGAUGAGAACGAGUGUAUCGACAGCCCAUGCAGGAACGGAGGAGUCUGCGUCAACCAGGAACCACGGCUGCGCUACCGCUGUCUGUGUCCUGCGCCGUUCCUUGGCAAGAACUGUGACGUCGUCCCCGAGAGACAGACCGUCAAACUGGGUCUGCCUGCGCUCAUCACCAUACUCGCCUCUCUGUUUUUUAUACUGAUGAUUAUUUUACUACUCGUUCUGUACAACCGUCGUCGAGAGGCUGUGGUGGUCAAGAAGCCACGACCUGAGGACGACAUCAGGGAGAACAUCAUCAGCUACAACGACGAGGGAGGGGGAGAGGACGACAUGACUGCCUUCGACAUAUCGCCCCUCCAAGUCCCUCUCACUACCAGCUCAACUUCCAAGACUGAUAUUAUUGCUUUGUCCACGUUCAGCGAGGAGCGAGAUUGGGGUCCCUCCCUAGCAGCCUGCAGAUGUAGAGCUGACAACGACGUGGGUGCGCCUCCCUUCGAUGAUCUACGGAACUACGCCUACGAGGGAGGUGAUAGUGAGACCGGCUCCCUGUCUUCUCUUUGUUCAGAGUCAGAUGCUAGUCAGCAACUUGACCAGAUCCAGCAAUGGGGUCCGAAGUUUGUAAGGCUAGCUGCCUUGUAUAAGAAACCAGACAAGUCCAACGGUGACGAAGAUGAGGAGAAUACCUAGCAGUAACUUGACAAAAGAAAAACUAUAUUUUGUGAUAUUAUCUACGGAACAUUAUUGUGCUGUCCUUCAAAACGUGUUUUGUACAUAAUAGGUUAGGUCUAAAUAUUUUUACGGAUUGUAAAUCAAAGAUACGUCUAAUAACACUUAAAACAUAUAUUUAAUUACGAUUAUACUGUUAACUCACAAGACGGUAAAUUUACAGAAAAUAUAGUGUGUGGUGGUAGAUUUUGUUUGGACACCCCAAUCAUCAUCAGACCCAAUAGGCGAAUGGCAAGAAUCUUGAAUGGCGUCCCUCCUUACAUUCUAUUGGCUACCGGAAGCACGGGCCAAUACAUUUGUAUAAGUACAACUGGAGUAUAUUUACCGUCUUGUGAGUUAAUAGUUUAAGCGUAAAUAUAAGUUUUAAGUUUUAUUAGACGUAUCUUUUAUUUACUCACCGUAAAUUUAA